CACGUGACGGGGAAGCAGUCAAUGUCACGUGAUUGAGACCAAACCAAUCAGGUUGCACUACAGCGGUCCAGCGGUGUGUGCUGUGUUUUUGACACACAGGCUCCUCAUCACUGCCUCUAAUAUCUGCUCGCUUCAUCAAUUUACUGCCUUCUCACCUGCAUACAGAGGGAUGUGUGAUGGAGUGAGUUUGGUUGCCAUGGUGAUGCAGUGGAGGUGUAUGUGUGUGCUGGUUUCUGUGUGUGUGUGUGUGUAUGUGUGAGUGUGAUGCUGCGCUGGACGGUGUGUUUAGACGGCGGCCCCCGCAGGGUGAAUCACGCCGCUGUGGCUGUGGGACAUAAAGUUUACUCAUUCGGGGGUUACUGCUCAGGGGAGGACUACGAGACACUACGGCAGAUUGAUGUGCACAUCUUCAACACCGUGUCCCUGCGGUGGACAAAGCUUCCUCCAGUGAGGACAGGAGGUCGGGAACACACUCGUGAAGUUCCCUACAUGCGUUACGGGCACACAGCUGUAUUGGUAGAAGACACUAUCUACAUCUGGGGGGGGAGGAACGACACAGAGGGGGCAUGUAACGUGCUGUAUGCUUUUGACGUUGGCAGUCAUCGGUGGUGGACACCAAAGGUCACUGGGACGGUUCCCGGGGCGAGAGACGGACACUCAGCCUGCGUCCUGAACAAAGAUAUGUACAUAUUUGGGGGAUAUGAGCAACUGGCUGACUGUUUCUCCAAUGACAUACACAAGCUGGACUCUGUCACCAUGAGCUGGAGUUUAAUUAAAGCUACAGGAACCCCAGCGAGGUGGAGAGAUUUCCACUCAGCAACGAUUAUCGGCAGUAAGAUGUUUGUGUUUGGAGGACGUGCCGAUCGCUUUGGUCCGUUUCACUCCAAUAACGAGAUUUACUGCAAUAAGAUCAAAGUGUUUGACACAGAGACUAACAUCUGGCUCAACACACCCACCAAUCAGAUUCAGCCUGAGGGACGCCGCAGCCACUCAGCAUUUUCAUAUAACAGAGAGUUGUAUAUAUUCGGAGGCUACAACGCACGACUGGACCGUCACUUUAAUGAUUUGUGGAAAUUUAACCCAGAGACAUUCUGCUGGAAGAAGGUGGAGCCAAAGGGGAAGUUCCCAUGUCCCCGCAGACGGCAGUGCUGUUGUAUUGUGGGUGAUCGAAUCAUCCUCUUUGGAGGGACGAGCCCGUGUGCAGAGCAGGGGAUGGGUGAUGAGUUUAACCUGAUGGAUCACUCUGAUCUCUACAUCCUUGACUUCUGUCCAAACCUGAAGACUUUAUGCAAAUUAGCUGUGAUUCAGUACAGUUUAGAACAAUCAGGACUGCCACAUGACAUCAGGUGAGACACACACACACACACACACACACACACACACACACACACACACACACUUUCCUGCUGUUACUGUU